CUUGACAGACAAAACCAAUAUAAAAGUCUCGCGACACUGCAUGAAAAGUGAACAGAUAACACAGCUUUUGAACAAGAUAAACAUGAAGACUCUGCUUGUAAUAACCUUGUUCGCAUUCUGUAGCGGACACAGAAUUCACUUCCGUAACAACUGUAACAAGGAAGUGUGGGUAGGAAUUCUUGGAAAUACCAUACCCGAUCAAGGUGGCUUUAAGCUUUCCCAUGGACAAAGUCACAGUGCCUACUUCCCGCCUCACUGGUCCGGAAGGAUGUGGGGACGAACAGGUUGUGGCGGAUCUCGCUGUGAGACUGGAGACUGUGGUGGAGGACGACUUCACUGUAGUGGAGCUGGUGGAGUUCCCCCUGUAACUCUCGCUGAAAUCACGUUUGACGGUUCCGGAAACCAAGACUUUUACGACAUCAGUUUGGUUGACGGUUUCAAUCUACCUCUGAGCAUGCGCCCAAGAGCCGGAACAACAGAAGGGGGAUCAGGAUCAUAUUAUUGCCGUUCUGCUGGUUGCUACACAGAUGUCAACAAUAUUUGUCCAAGUGGUAUGAGGCUUUAUGGCACAGGCGGAGUUGUGGCUUGCAAGAGCGCUUGUCUCGCAUUCGGAAGACCAGAGUACUGCUGCAGUGGCACUCACAACACGCCGGAGAGGUGUCCAAAUUUCCCCUAUGCCCAAACAUUUAAGUCAGCAUGUCCUCAGGCCUACAGUUAUGCCUAUGAUGACCAUAAGAGCACAUUCACCUGUAGGGGCGCAGGAGGAAGACAGUCCGAAUACGACGUAGUAUUCUGUGGUUAAAUUAUGUGAUGUUAGUGAACUUUGUACCGAAAUAGGAUGCUUAAUCGCGUCAUAAUUAUGUUAUCUUAGGAUCGUUUUGGUCAGCUUAUGAAAACAUUAUUUUAAAUCAUGGCUUUCAAACAUUAUAUUAGGAGUUCUUUCUUGAUUAAUAAAUUUCUAUUCGUUUU